CACACUCUCUCACUCUCCCUCUCUUUUUGUGUUUGGUCCGUUCCUUUCAAUUCAUUCCCUUGUCCCCCCACACGCACACUCUUUGACUCUCCAAGAAGAAGAAGAAGAAGAAGACGAAGAAAGGGACCAAACGUGUUGGUCGGGUCAUAACAUAAAGAAGAUUAUCAGCAACAGCAACAGCAACAAUGAAACUACCUUGGAGUCGCACCUACUCGAAUAAGCCUUGUGACAUAUGUGGUGAUGUUGGUUUUGAUAAAGUCCUAGCUACUUGCAUUAUAUGCAAUACAGCUCGUGAACAUGCUUAUUGCAUGCGGGUCUAUUCCCUUGAUAACCCAAAAGAUUGGACUUGCGAAUCAUGUCUUUCAAGCAACAUAGUUUUGCCUGAAGCUUGUCGGAAGAAAGAUAUGAUGAGAUCUAUGACAUUGGAUACCUCUGAAAUAUUCUGCCGUGCUGGUAUGGGUACAGCAGGUCCCAGUUCUGGGGGGCAGGUGUGUUUGAAAAGGCAAAAGCCUGUUGAAACUCACAAAGUGAAGUUCCUUCCUCAUGAUGAAGCCAUUAAGCUAUCAUCAGCAGCCACCAAAAGAGGAACUCCUUUGCAGACUAAUUGUCGCUGGAAACCUGGUCCAUCGUAUUCCUUGGCAUCCUCGCAGAGGACUCUAGUUGGAUCCAGAACCACCACUCCUAAGUGCUCCACUUUAAGGGAGAAAGAAAAUCCUAGUCUUGGACCAUUAGGACUUGUGAAACCUCCUAGGCAUGGUGGUGUACAUUCAAUGAUUAAUCAACAGGCACCUCGAGCAUUAAAGAAAUUUAAAGAUCCAAAGGCUCCUGCUAAAGUAGUUGAAACUCCUAAAACCAAUGUGGAGAGAGCUGCAAAUAUAGCAUCACGUGCACCUUCAACAUCAAAAAAAUGUCUGCCUAUCAGUACAGUAAACAUGGCUCUUGCAGCUGCCACAAAGGAGGUUGUUUGUGGGAAUCCACCGAUGAAUGCCUGUAUUACUGCCAUAGAAGUUGAAACUUCUAAUACGAAGACGAAGAAGACUACAAACAAAGCAUCACAUACACCCUCACUAUCAGGGCACUCUCCACCUAUUGUCAGUUCAGGAAAAAUGGCUCUUGUGGCUUCGGAGGAGGAUGUUUCUGGAAAACAACCAAUGGAUUCCUUAAUUGAUAAAGAACAUGGAACGUGUACUAAGAAGAUAGAGGAAGAUAUUAACAAAGCAUCAUGUACGUUUUCACCACUGUUGCAUACUUCACAAACUGUCAGUUCAGGUAGUAACUUCCAAGCUGAUGCUGAAUGUAAGAACUCUGAUGUUGAAGAAAGAGACUGGCUGAAUAUGCUACCUAAAUUCAAGCUAUAUUGUGAUAAUCUGCCGGCUCUACAUAUUACUUGGAAGGGAGGCUUUCUUUUUACUACUACACCUAAAUUUUUCGGUGGGUUCCAGGCUCAACCUGCAUCCACCAUCAAUCGCGAAGCUUACAAGAUUUCACAAAGAAUGCCUCGAGUCCUUCAGGUUAAGCUGCUUCCUCAGUGCCAACUUUGGGAGGAGCCGUUCCAGAACAAUGGUCCUGAUCUUAAUGACAUAGCUUUAUAUUUUUUCCCUGCUGAUAAUAUUGAGAGAUCCAAAGAGACCACUGCCUGCCUGUUUGAGCUGAUGGAGGCCCACAAUUCAAUGAUGAGAAGCUGUAUUGGUGGUGCAGAGUUGCUGAUAUUUACAUCAAAACAGCUGCAUGUGGACUCACAGAAGUUCUUCUUGGGAGUCUUUCGCCCUGUAAAAGAUAAAAGACUCUUCACAAGGUAGAUGAGGAACACGCUACUCAGAACUCCACCUUGCAAGGCCUCCAUACCCAAAAAAUGUCUGCAGUGUAUAGCAACCUUCUCAAUGGUACUCCUUGAGCAAUACAGUUGGUUCGCCAAUGUACAGAUUCAGAAUUCGCUCGGAAUAUAUCGUGUACAGACUCCUCACCCGCAUCAUACGGUAUAGAAUCUUUUUAUACACUCCUUACAUUAAACAUUUACUGUAUAAUUCAGUUGUUCACAAAUUGAAAUGACAAUUUUAAGGUCCAAUUGUCUGCUUGUUCAGCUCCAGCAAAAUGCUGUCACUUCCUUAAACCUCCUUUUAAUUCCC